AUGUCAAAUAGUAAAACUUCUGUUGGACGUUCUUUAAUUAAAAAACGUUUUCCUAAUCAACAUCGUGCUACAUCUGGUGAUGAAUGGGUACAUCAAAAACCUGAUUUCACUGCUAGUACAGAUUGGAAUCGACUUAAUCUACGAUCAAUAACUGAUCAAAAUUCAUUGGAUGAAUUUUUAACUACAGCUCAAUUAGCUGGCACAGAUUUUGCAGCAGAACGUUUAAAUGUAACAUUUGUACCAGCUGUAGCUAAAGUUGGAAUUUUAUCUAAUGAUGAUAAAGAACGUAUUCGACAAGUACAACAUUUACAUCGAGAUCGAUUACGUAUUCCACGAAGGCAAGAAAAAGCUUUUUAUUUUCGAAAAUCUAUAUGA